CGUGGCCUCUUAAUUCAGGGAUCAAUUACAAUGGAGAUUUCAGUGGCUUCCUUUGUGAGCAGCUUCGUGCAGUGUGUGACAGGGCAGCCUCCAACACAGCACCAGACUGAAGUGCUGAUGGCUCUAACACGGAGAGCUGACUUUGAGAAGCUGACCCAAGGAGACUUUGUCAUCCCGCUGAACUCCCCAAAGCUGAAGAGUGUCGCUGACGCCUCCACACCUCUUGGAAAACUUCUCCUAAACCCCUCCCAGGAAAACAUCAAGCUGGUUGAGGAAGCUUUAGGGAGCUGCAGGCUGCCAGUGGAAAAGAUUGUGGUACUGAACAAAAUGCUGCGAAUUCAUCUAGUCAGAGAACAGGUCAUGAAGACUUUCCUGCCGAGGGUUGCCAAGGCCGGUUUGAGAUACGGAGCCUGUGAUGUGCUGCGGCAGGUGCCCAUCACAGUGACACACAGGACACAAGACCCCAGCAGCAGCAGCAGCCUGAGGAGCCAGCGCGGGGCCAAGCUGGCAGACCACCUGUGCAGCAUCCUUGCCUUCUGUGGUGCUACGGUGAACAGGAGGGACAAGCAGAACCAGACCACCAAGGGAACCAGUAAGGACUCUGUGACGGCCAACUCUGAACAGUGUGACCUUCAGGCAGUAGAGGCGUCUGUGGGGAACAAAAGGCAGUCUGACGAGGGCCAUGUGGACUGUAUAGGAGGCAGUGAGGUGAGGGAGAAGAAGGCACACGUUGAGUCCAGAUCACACACUAGAGAGGAUGAGAGUGUGAAUGCAGCACCACAUACCACAGAAGCAAAGAUGCACGUGGUAUGUACACCGCAGACCAUGAAUGCACCAGGAACUCAGCGCCAGUGUGUGAGUGAGGGAGCGGAAGUGUUGGUGACCGGUGAAGGAGUAGCAGCACAAGAGUCUCCACACAGUCAAGAGGAGCAGGUGGUGUUUGUGGUGACCAGCAGCAUGAAGGGGGUGAAGGAUGGCCCCUGGGUGUAUCAGUAUGGCGGUGUGGUGGAGGUCAGGACUGGCGGCACCUGGGCUGGCUCGGUGCAGGAGUAUUGCAGACUACUUGUGGAGGAGCUGAAGCGAACCUCAGAGAUGAGACAGAGGGAUGUGGACGGCCCAGAGUGGGUGGCCUUCCUGGAGGAGCAGGCGGAGAGGUGCCUCAUGCUACAGCUCCUCUCCCCCACACACUCCAACCCACUCAGGGUGGAGGUGGAGGGCGACACACACAACACUAAAGAGGCGUCGUUCAUGCUGUACAACUAUGCCCGCCUGUGUUCCAUACUUGACCACUUUGAGCAGUGUGUCCAGCAGGGGAUGUGGCGCCUCUGCCACCCAUUGAGGAUGUAGACUUCUCCCUCUUGAGGAAUGAUGAGGAGUGGGAGCUGGUGUGGCUGUACCUCCUGCGCUGGCCUGAGAUGGUGGAGGAGCUGGCUGAGGGAGUGGCGAGGAGAGGCAGGAAACCCAAGACGGCACACAUCAGUCGCUUCCUGUACUCCUUGAGCCACCGGUGGAGUGAGUACUACUGCAGACACCAGGUGCUGUCAGAGGGAUUCCUGCCACACCUCCUGCCCCUCAUGUAUGCCCGACUGCACCUCCUCCAGGCACUCUCUGUACUGAUGCGCACGUGCUUUGCCCUCCUUGGGGUGGACUCAUUGCCCUCCUACAUGUGAACCUGCAGGGAAGGAAUGACAAGGUGGAUUCUUUUCUGUUCUCCAGUUUUUUAAAGUCCAAAAUGUUGAAGUUUUAGUUGUUUUAUUUAUUUGCUUUAAAUAUAUUUUUCUAUUAUUUAUGAGAGGUGAGUGACAAGUUUCUUUUAUUUAGAGAACAUCAAGAAGUGCCUUUGUUCUUAGUUUUUACACAGUGUAGUGAUGUUUGAGUUUCAGUUCCUGCCUCUGUCUGUGAGAUAAUGCUUUGUGUGAGAACAGACCAGCAGGAGCAUUCCUCUAUCCUGGCUGGGGAGUGUGGCUGCCACUCUUCACACUUCAGAGUAUUUCUUUUGGGCAGGAUAAAGUCUCAAGUAAAUUGUUGAAGGAUUUUUAUGUUCUUUAGAUCAUUUUCUUUAUUAGAAUAAAUGAAUUAUUUAUUUAACAUUAGUAUUUGUGACAAGACAAUGUAACUUUCCUUGAUGUUCAGUGGCAGGAAAGGUGGGUGAGGUAUCAUGGUAAUUGAUAAGAGUUCAUUUCAAAAUCAAGUUUGAUAAAAUGCUGUGUAUUCCAUGUAAUGUUUAUGUGCAACAUUGUUUGUGAUCAGAAAUUGUGAUAACAUUUCAAGAGUGUUUGUAUUGUAAAGAAAAUAAAACUAUUUACUAA